GGUCUUUGUCAUUGAUAACGGUUGGACGAUGUUUGACCACUGGCCCAUCCUGAUCUUUGUCGUCGAAACACUUGCAAUGAACGCUGCCGGUAUCGACAAAAGCGGCAUCGACCUCCGCUUCACAGUAGAGGGAUCUCGACACAACGCAAAUGACAUUGUAGGAGAUAACGGGCGGAGGGUACUAAAAGAAAAGCUGCGAGCAGCCUGGCCCGAACACAAGCCAAAGCCCAACGCAACAACCGACAUGACUGCAAUCCUAGAAAGCAUCUACAAAGAAUGGCGCCGCAACCACCAACCAGCCACAACCCUCUACGUCUUCACCGACGGAAAAUGGUCCACCGAAAGCCUCCCCGCCCUCCGCCUCGUCGCCAAAAACCCUCAUUCCCCCCACGACAUCAUCCUCAACCCGCCCCCCCUCCACAAAGCCAUCAUGGCCAUCGCCGAACAAGACCGCCAACGGACCGGCAACCGCCACUUCAGCAUCCAAUUCAUCCGCUUCGGCGACUCUCCCCCAGACACAGAGCAUCUCCAGUGGCUCGACGACCACCUCUGCGAAAGCCACAAGUACCGCGACAUCAUCGACCACUGCUCCUGGCGCGCUACCGUCGACAAGAUCUUCAAGGGAAGCAUCGAGGGUUUUCUCGAUGAGAAAGAUACGAAUGAGCCGCCGGUGCAGUACGACUACAAGCAGUUGAUGGAGAGGUUUGACCGGUUUAAUCGCGGUGAGGAGGAUGGGGGUGCUGAGGCGCAGAAUGCGACGCUCUCGUCGCCGCUAACGCGCGCGGGGACGCACAGGUCCCAUGUUUCGACUUCGUCGCCAAGGAUGCAGCAGAAGAGGUUUUCGGUGUUUUCCUCCUCCUAACGUCACUUGUUUUUUGUUUUUUUUUGUUUUUUUGCAGCGCAGUUUUGAUGCAUAUGGUUUCCCAUGUGUAUAUAUACCGUAGUGACUUUCCGGGUUUUUUUCCUUUCUUUUUCUUCUCAUUCAUAUCUCUCAUUUGGAUUUGGAUUAAGAUACCCACGGGGAGGAUAACCCUGUUUUUGUUGUUUUGGUUUAACAUCUGCGGCAUUAUACCCAUAGGACUGGCGUUUUUUUUUACUGUCUAGAUUUCGAUCCAUUCUACUUGCAUUUGAUAAAACCAUAUGUUUUAUUGGACGGAUACGUAAUUGUCUACUUUUAGAUUCUUGGAUUAUCUCUAGAUAUAAGUUCUAUUUGUUUCGUGCCUGUGG